AUGAGCGAUAGAGCAUCUGGAACUUUUCCGAGCCAAACAGAGGUUAAUCCAAGGCAUCAUGAGCAAGUUAAAGCAGUGCACAUCUUGAGAAGUGGUAAACAAGUUGAUAAUAAGGUUGGAGAUGCCAAUGAAGAGCAAGAUGGAGAAAACGUGGAGAUCAUUCAGCCACCACAAGGGCAGCCCACAACUUCCCACAAACAGUCCCUCAAUCCUUCUGGAAAGAGCACAGGCCCUAAGGUAUCAUCUAAUGCUGAUCAAGUUCCAAUUUCAACUAAUGCUUCUAGGCCUAUUGCAACCUUUCCCAGCAGGUUAUCAAAGUCAAAGAAAGAUCAAGGCUUGGAUGAGAUAAUGGAAAUAUUCAAGAAGGAUCUAUGCACUAACAAGAGGAGAUUCACAGAGCAUGAACAGGUUGCAUUAAGUGAAGAGGUAAGUGCAGUGUUACAAAGAAAGCUACCUCAAAAGCUAAAGGAUCCAGGUUCGUUUUCUAUACCUUGCAUUGUUGGUGAUUUCAAGAUUCCAAAAGCUUUGCUUGAUCUCGGUGCAUCCAUUAACCUUAUGCCAUAUCAUGUUUAUGAGAAACUUAACCUUGGUGAGUUGCAAGCCACAUCUGUGAGCAUUCAAUUGGCAGAUAGAACUAUUAGGUACCCCAAGGGCAUUCUGGAAGAUGUUUUGGUGAGAGUAGAAGGCUUAAUCUUGCCAGCUGAUUUCUUAGUCUUGGAGAUGGAAGAAGCACCAAUUCCUGACAAUGAAUUGCCCCUCAUCUUUGGCCGACCCUUCAUGGCUACUGCUAAGACCACGAUAGAUAUAGCGCAAGGCACUCUCACCAUGACCGUUAAUGGAGAAACUGUUGCUUUCAAAGUGUUUGAUGCCACGAAUCUUCCAAACGAUGUUCAAGAUUGUUUUCAAAUUGAAGUAUUGGACAAUCCAGGGAAGGAGAGAUUUGAUGGUCUUCCACAUUCACUAGAAGCAUGCUUGCUGCAAGGAGUAGACAAGGAGGAGCAGGGGGCUGCUUGA